AUGGCCGAACCAGUUCCACCGCGACCGCAUCACAUAUAUCCGGAUUUGCUUACUCAACAACCUCCGAUCCUCAAGCGGCAUAAACAAUGCCGCAAUACUUCGGAGCCGACGGAUCCAGACGAUGAUUGGAUGGGCAUCACUGACGCCAGGGACAGGAGGAGACGUCAGAACCGUAUUAACCAGAGAGCAUAUCGUCAGUUUAACCACUCAAACCCCACAACCAAAAGGCGGUAUAUCAUUGAAGCUGACAGUGACAAAGGUAAACGGAAAGCCCGGGACACUGUUCACGAUGGCCUGACUACAACCUCUGAGGGUAUCCUCAUCUUGCCAACGCCUCGGGACCGUGCGAUAGCAUACGCGUUCAUGCAACUUGUCGAGGUGCAACACAGUCUCAACUCUCACCGUCCAGCGAUGCUGCCCUCUCUUAUUCGUCUCAAUGCCGUUAAUGCCGUGUCAAAAAACGCUUCACAUAUAGGCAUCCCACUUGAAGGUUUAUGCUGCGACGAUGUGACGUCUCCAUGGAGCAUCAAGACUUUGGGCCCCCUAGAAUCCACCACAACUUCUCUCUCAUGUCCCGAGUCUUUACAUCCCACAAAAUUACAAACCGAGAUUGAGCAUCAUCCCUGGGUUGACCUGUUACCUUUUCCGCAGUUGAGAGAUAAUAUGCUAAGAGCAUAUACGGGCGGUUUCAUUGACGAGGAUGAGCUGUGCUUUGAUAUCCUCGGAGUUACGUGUAGUCAAGGCUUGGACGACGCAUAUCUUAUUGUCUGGGGAGAAUCACACAAUCCAACAAGUUGGGAAGUCAGCGUUGGGUUUCUCAAGAAAUGGGGAUGGUUAUUGAAGGGCUGUUCUGAGUUGGUCCAGUCAACCAACAGAUGGCGACAGCAGAGAGGUGAGUCGACACUGAAUAUUCUGAUCUGA